ACCUGCCGAUCAAUGUGAUGAUACCUGUGUCUCUUUCUACACGAACAAGAGAGACAGAGAGAGAGAGAGAGAGAGAGAGAGAGAUACAGAUGCAUGUACUCACAUAUAACACAUCUCACUCACGUAUGUGUAUGAUCGACCUGAGUGCUCGAUCGUUAUAGUUUCAGGGUCGCGUUAUGCAAAUCCGGACGAGUGCAUGUCUCUUUAUUCUACGUCUCUAGAAUAUACAUUUAAAUUGUAAUAUAUAUUGCAUGAUCCCAGAAGGACACGAGAAACUAUUUGACAAUUCGCGAUUUUGACGUUUCACGUAGCAUCGGUUUUAAUAUUUUGAUGGGGUCUCACAAUUAGUCGAAGCUUUAAUCUUAUCAAUAUCGAAAUGCGAUCUAAUCGAUUACGUUGUGUCGAGUUUUUCUUCUGAUUUGUUUUUAUAUGGUUUUCUUUUUCUUGCACUGAUGGAAAUUUUUUUUAAAUGACGUUUUAACGAUACGUCACGUUGUAUAAUAAAUACGGGAUAUGAAACUUUUUACGAAGGAUGGCAGGAAGUAGCAACUUUAGUACAAGUACGCCAUGUGGCUAUAGAUGUAGGUCAAGAUCUUACAUUAGCCUGUGUAGAAGAAGAUGUUCUUCCACAUACAGAUUCUCCCGAAGUAAUGUGGAUAAGAGAAGGACGUGAAGAUGGACAGAUUAAGCGGUUAAAAGUUGAGUCUAAUGGCGUGCUAGAACUUGUAAAUGUUAGCGCAGAUGAUGCAGGAAAUUACUCUUGUACCUUGGACGACGAUGUGGAUGCUGUGAAAUCCAGAAUAAAUGUAGAAGUUAGAACACCUCCACCAGCUUUACGCAAUGUUUGGGUAAAGCCAUCUACAAUAUUGGCUAAUAUUCUUUGGGAAGUCGGUGGUACAGGUGGAUAUCCUAUCAUAGACUUUACUGCCGAAUAUCGUCUAAAACCAAACGAGGGUGAGAAACCAGAACAAUGGAAGCCCAUCAUACCAACGCACAUUCCUCCCAAUUCUAGACAAAUUGACGUGUAUCAUUUGGUGCCAAACACGACUUACUCCUUUCGAGUAUGGGCUACCAAUCAAUUGGGUAGGGGAGAUAUAGUGGAAGUUGAAAAUCAUACGCAUCAUAGUGUGGAAGAAUUGGAACUUGCAAGACAUUUGUUAGCGGGUGUAGAAGAUUUUGACACCCGUGUUUGGGUUGCAGCAGUAGGCAUUGUUAUGGGAACACUUUUGAUUCUUGGUAUAGGUACAUGUUACCUCCUCUAUCGUGAGUGCAAGGCACCCUCGCAGCUGGAGGAGCAGGAGGUGAUUGAACUUGUCCCAAAUAUUAUUUUGAAUCCUGGAUUUUUUGACGAAAGGACAGAACAUAUUCCUCAAGAUGAAAAUUUUAACAAUCAAACGACAACACGCCUAAAUAAUAACAACGUAGUGCAGCCCAGGCGACUCUAGCAAUCAUUAAUUUAGAUUUCUGCAUUGAGGAUUUUUUUAACGAAUGGUAAGAGCAUGAUAUGAUUUAAAUAUCAUAAGUGUAUAGGUUGUAUUUGAAAUACCCUGACGCGAUUAUAAAAGUGCAACAAAUGCAGGGCCACUAAAGAAAGAAGAAUAAUAAUUAUGAAAAAAAAAUUGGAAUCAUAUUUGUAUCCACAUAGAUGUCUAAGUAUGUAUCAAUGCUUGGUGCAUCCUGAUAAACUAAAUUUUUUAGACACAAUACAAUGUAAAGUGUUCAAAGCAAAAGUAAGACUCUGCUAGACUUUGUGAAAUGGCAAAGUAGAUUUUUGAAAAAGUUUUGUCAUUAAACUCGCUAAUUUCUUGUUGCUCGUUAACGGAGCUAAAGUGAGAAACUCCUCUGAGCCAAAAAUUAUUUAGUAAGACUGUAAUUCUAAGGAUAAUUCUAUAUAACAUAAUAAUUGGAAAAACUAAAGUUAUAUAAACAAGAUCUGAUUUAUUAUGCAUAAAGUUGUUUUUUGCAUAAAUUAGGAAUACCAAUUAUACUUUUAAUAUAAUUAUCUUUGAGCACUCAUGAAAGAAAUAUGUAUAAUAACAUCCUUUCAAACUGUGCACUUUUCAUCAUUCAGAAAUAUUAGUUAACUUUGGAUAUGUUCACUACCGAUUUUAAAUAUUUUUUAUUAUGUCCAAAAGUGAUUGUAACAAUUUAUUUGUUUUACAUUUUUAUAAGAUGUAAUAUUUUUCGUUGUUGUUAUAUGUGAAAUUGAUUCUAAAAAAUACUUUAAUAAGCGAUAGUUUUUAAACAACAUAAUGUGCAUUACAUAUUUUUUUCGUGACAUGCAAAGAGAGUGCUAUUUAUUGUAAUUGUAAUAGGAAACGUUAGUAACGUUAUUAUACAAGUUUUGAUGCUUCAGUAUUUUUAAUAGUUAUUUAAAUAAUUAUGUUCCAUUAUAGUUUACAAUGUUUAAUAUGCUUUGAUAUAAUCUUGAUAACCAUAGCAGUAUCAAUUAACAACAUGUAAGUGCAAUUCAGAUCUUAAUGAUCUUAAAUAACUUUGCUUUAUAUCACUGUCAUUCUUGGCUGCUUAUAUAAAAAAAGCAUCCAUGUUUUAUUAAAAUAAUUAUGACCAAGUGUUCAAAGUAUAAUGAAGCUUAUAUCAUCAUCCAAUUAAGUUCGAAAAUCAAAUGACAUAAACAUAAAAAAAAAAUCUAUGAAGAAAAAAAAAGAACUCAAUUUUGAUAAGUAUAAGUCACAAGAUAAACUACUUUUGAAGAAACGCAAAGAUCGCAGUAUCUGUUAUACAGGAAAUCGUAAUUGUCUCUUUAUGUAUCAAAUGCUAACAGAUUUUUACCGAUUAUAACAUUGAUACUUUAAGCAGAUUUAGGAUUAAAAUAGAAUACUUCAAAUAUUUUGGAUAACACCUUUAAUGAAAGAUAAGUGAAGUUCGACAAAUAUCUGAUCCAGUAUAAGGAACAUAUAGGUCUACUGAAGUUAUUUGAAUCUUCUCUUUCUCUUUCUGUAAAAUUUUGUUAUUUUUUCAUUAUAGGAUAGGUAAAUUUUUAUACAAUCAAGUCAUAGAUCUGACUUUUCACACAAAAAGUUUUUAUAUUCGAUAAUAAUAUAAAAAUAUCAUUUGCAAUAUUCUUGACUAGUUGAUAUUAGAUCGCACUUGGUCAAUUAAUGUUAAAACAUUCCAUACAUUUAAUGUCUCUAUUAUUUUAUGACAUUCUUGAAAUUUGUUAUUUUACUCGAGUAUAAAAUACUUUAGAAUUCUUGAAAAGUAUAAUCUGUUGAUAAUUUUGAGUAUUAUAUCAAUUUAUUUUGUUUAAAUAUACACUGCAGGUGUGUCAAGAUUGAUUCUACUAAGAAUUUGAUAUUCUUUAUGUUAAUUUUGCUAUGAUAUUAUAAUAGAGCAGAAAGAAAUUUUUAUUUUUACUUGAGCUUAUUGUAUAAACUUUAAACUUGCUCUUAUCACCAAGUAAGGCAAUUUGGUGCAUAAAGGUUGUAUAAAACUUGGUUGUGCGUUGUUACAUUGAGGCUUUACGAUCUGUUUCUCCCUUUAAUGUAAUCUGAAAUGUAUCAAAUAUAUCACAAUAGGGAUAAACAGAUCUAAUAUGGCUUCGUACUAUGCACUCUGUGUUGUGAAUGGUAUAUAUAUAUAUAUAUACACAUAAAUAUAUAUAUACACAUAUAUACACACUAAUAAACAAAUAUAAGAAUAUGAUAAUACCAGAAUAAUAACAUAAAUAUAUAUUUAUAUAGCCAAGGCAUGAUAAUAUUUUAGCUAUAAGCAAAGACAAUUUUUUAUAUGUAAAUUAUAAUUAUGCUAAAAUGCAAUGAUAAUAUUUAUCUACUUAUUCACGUAGACACAAUUUUAUGGUGCAAUUUUGAGCUUCAACAGCAGUUCAGCGUAUUUGCUGGUUGGCAUAACUCGUGUAGUACAUAAUGUUCCUUCUUGAUUUUUUUCAAGGUUUAUAUUACUCCCUGCUUAAAUGAAACAGGGAUAUAUUAUUUUGAAUGUUCUGAAAUAAUGGACAUGCUUCACAUGUCUAUUGUUUACCAUGCAAGAAAAUCUCUUGCCAAACAAAAUCAUUUUUUUCUGGAUAGUAUAAAUUAACAAUGAGAUUUAGAUAUAUUACAUUCAAUACUUUAUAUUCGAUUCAAUGAUGAGAAAGACAUUUAUUGUAUAUCAUGAUUUUAUUAAUGGAAUUGGGAGGAUAUUUGUUAAAUGUAUAGUUAAAGGAAUAUUAUCUUUUAAUUGUUUUAGUUGCCUAAGAAUCAUUAACUUGGUUUAGUUUUACUUUCGACGAUUAUUUACGAACCAAUGUUCUUGUUCAUAUAAAAAGUAUAGUUCUGUGGUAUGACACUUCAGGUUUUAAAUACUUAUAUAAUAAGUUAAUCAUAAAAUUAGUCAUUUUCAUUAAAGUAUAUCAUAUUAGAGACAGUAUACAUUAAAUGUCUAAUAAUAUUUACCAAAGCUAUCUGAGAAAAACAGUCAAGGAUUGUUCGAUUAAUCAGUAACACUACUAAUAUACCAAAGCCUGAAAAAAAAGAUACAAAUAUCAUUCGCAAUGUUAAAUAAUAAGGAUAUUCUUGUAAUUAUUAAUUCGUUAACAGGAUUGUAUUAACACAAUUUGGAAUUGCCCAAAAUGAUUCAUUAAGUUGUUAGAUUUCAUGCAUAAUCAUUGGAAAUGAUUAAUCAUUUAUCUUAGCCAAUAUUCUCUUGACUUAUUUGACAGUAUUGUAUUUCUUUGUAUAGCUUGGGAAGUAAUUAAAAGUAGAAUAUGAAAAUAGUAUGAAAUUUUGGCACUUUCCGAAUUAGUUAUAUGGUAUUUUUAUAUUCGUGAGACUAUAAUACAAUCCUGUGAAAAAGUAAGAUAAGGCACAGUACCAUAUGAUAGAAUAAUGGUGGUUAAUGGCACCAUAAAUCGUCCCUAACAUACAUAUUGCCUAUGACAUACCAGGAGAAAGCUACUGUGAUUUUUACAAAAUAUCUUUAACUCUUUACAUCCUUGUGACAUUAUAUCUUUAUGUAAAGGCCUAUUGUCAAAACGUGCUAUUAACAAAGUAUGAUGCCUUUCAUGCAUGAUAGAGUACUAUUUUGUCGAGUACUAAAAAAAAAGAAAAAAGAAAAAAAAAUACACUGUCAAUAUCACGUUUUUUACAUUAAUGAUGAGUCGAGAAUAUUUUUCCAAAUUUAAUAACACGAAAAAACAUCACUAAUGGCUCAUAAUUUUGUAAAAAUCACAAAUGCUUUUCAAACUUAUCACGUAUUGAUAUAUCAACAUUAGUUUUACAUGCUUCAUUAAGUGGUGAUGAAAUAGAUAAAUAUCAUUAAUAACAUAAUAGGCCAAAGCACGAAAAAUAAUAUUAAAUGAAAUGAUUUAUUAUUUUACUAAUGUGAUAACUAUUUCCAUUAGAUGCUCGUUUACGUCAAAUGAUUGUUAAUUUUUUAAACUUAAUUCUUCUUUAUGCGUUUAUAACAAACCAAUAUAUCGAGAAAUCGGUAUUUAACAUAGAAAAUUUGUUGUAAUAUAAUAUGGUACAUUACUGAUAUUAUCAACUGUUAUAGUUAUACUUUGUGUACCUAUUUGUUUUCUAAUAUUUUUUUAAUUUUACUAUAUUAAUUAGUAAAAAUAUGAAAUGUUCCAUUUAGAAUAUCGAGUCAUAGUAAUACUGCUUUUUAGGUAGAUGAUCUACAACAAUUCAUUCAGUGUAUAAUGAUUAAUUAAAAUAUUAGGAAAUCAUUGGUCUCUUUUAUAAUAUUAUCUUAUUACAAUCAAUUUGAUCUUAACAAUUGAGAAUGAGAAGCACGGAAAAAAAAAUAAUUACAUUUAGUUAGUCUUUUAAAUAAUACUUAAAUGACUUUUUAAUAAUACUUGACCAAUGAUUAUCUAAUAUAUUUAUUUAGUUUAACAUUAAAAUAAUGUAUAUUGCACAUUCCAUCAAGUACAAAAAUGUCUUCUAUAUUAGUUUUAUUGAUCAAUAUAUGGAAGUCGAAUAUUUCUAUCAUAAUUUGAAUAUUGUUUAAGUAUUUAUACAAAGAAAAUGGAGAAAGUAAAGGUUGUGCUUGAGUGUCUAAUUCUAUCAUUAAUUAGGACGUAGUACUUUCACUGCAGUAAGUCAGAGAACAAACAUUAGGCACAUAUCAGAGAAACACAAGACCAUCUCACUCACCACUUACAUUUAGAUUUUUACUGAUUGCAAUUAUUAGUAAUACUGUGUAUUAUAUAAUAAUAAUAAUAAAAACAAAAAAAAACUAGAUUAAUUUAUCUUGAAAUAAAAACACAGAAAUACAAAUCCUGAAGUAUAAGCUAAAGAAAAAGUGACAAAUAAUAUCAAUGUGCAUUUAGAAAAAGCUGGGCCUUGCAAACAUACUUAUUCUUUACGCGUAGCAAGUUUUCAAGUUUUAUACAUAUUAAAUGUAAUACUGUUUUGGUAAUAACAAAUUAGAAGUACUCUAGCUGCGCAACAUAUUAUACGAUUGCAAUCGGAAUAAGAGCACACAAGAAUACAGGAUAAACGCUCAUAUCCUGUUUCCUUUAAAAUAUGAUUUUGGAAUUACAAGUUUAUCUCAUGUUUCCUGUAUUAAUAUAUUAAACUAUACGAAUAAUGUAUUUUACUUGGAAUUACAUCUACUACUUGUAGUUUCCAUUUUACAUUUUGUGAUGAUGGCUGUCAUUAUAAUCAGUAUAAAGUCACGCUACUUUAUUUAUAAAAAUCAUUACAAAUAUACAAUAAAUAAUCAUUCAUAAAUA